AUGACCCCGACGCACCCGCUCGAACGACGCCCGCAGCCCUGCUCGUUCUCCCACGCCCUCCCGCUGGCCCAUCUCGCUGUUCUCACGGCCGCCAGACGGGCAGUUGCGAUGCGUAGGGAGCCGAGUCGACUCGCUCGCUUCUCUCCUUCCUCUCCCUCACUCGCUCGAUCCACCUCGAGUUCAAAGCCAAAAGACGAUCAAGAUGGGCUGCUCUUGCACCGGAAACUCGACAUGCACCUGCGGAUCCAACUGCGGCUGCAAAAAGUGAUCUCUCUCUCUCUCUGCACCCUUCUCGUCAAGCUACUCGCCCGACGGGACCUCGCCUCUUCCUUCUCCCCCAGCCUCUCCAUCAAAUCUUCUUCACGACUCUUCUGCAAGCCUACAACGCCUCAUACGUGUUUCCGCGACGUCGCUCGAGCUUACUCGUGCUGA